UGCUUUAAAUUUAAAAUACAUUAUAAUAAUUAUUGUACCUGUUAAGAGUGGCGUAGCUCAGCCAAUACAGGUAUUCCUAUUUGGUUAACAAAUGCCAAACACUUGACUCACCAACUUCAACAUUCAAGCCGAGUUCAUUGGACAUGCAGAAUUCAUAAUUCAGUAAGUAGGAGAAGACAAAUGUAACACACUAAGUUUAUGACAUAUCCUACUCAUGUUCUCACUCAGGGCAUCGAAUUCAGUAACCCCGUCCCUCCAAAUCUGUGUCGGUGGUUCAGCAUCGAUAACUGAAAUCCUUGGGUAAACACAUUCGUCUUGAAUGGAUUAAUCAAGAAUUGAAUAUAGAAUCGGUUUACCCGGCUGAGGAAAACGGCGAGCAUAGUCUUCUUCCAAGGAGGAUUCCACUCAACUUAAGAUUCUCAUCCAAGGUCAUAACUAAACAUCACCAACAAGAAGAAUUCCAUGUAUUAGUUUUUCCUGAUUCUUAUUUCUAGAUGUUGAACCGAGGGAAUUUCACGUCGAUUAUUGCUCAAAGUCCGUUGAGGGCAAAGAUGCCCAAGGACGAUGAGGAUGAGGAGAAAGAUGAAAUUCACAAACCCAAGAGAGUGAGGUUUGCUGCCAACGACAUACAUCAUGAAGUCGACGAGGAACCUGAUGAAGAAAAGCCUAUAAGACGUAAAGUACCUUCCUAUAUUAUUGGGCAUCCUCUAGCCGAUUAUGAUGCUACUGAAGGAUCGCGUCCUUCAGAAGAAACGUAUAUUGUUCUUAGUACCAGGCUAACAUCGAGUAGUUACCAGGCCUACAGGUAUAACCUUGGUGCGUCACUAUGGUGCUUGAGUCCUGUCAAUCCAUUGCGCAUUCUUACUAUUCGUAUAGUAACACAUCCAUUUUUCGAGAUGUUUGUAAUGGUUGUCAUUCUUGUGAACUGCAUAAUAUUAGCAUUAAAUGACCCACCCGAAGAAGCGGAAUACAUAUUCACUGCUAUUUACACAUUAGAAAUGCUGCUUAAGAUCAUUUCUCGCGGUUUCAUACUUCAUACGUAUGCUUACUUAAGAGACUCGUGGAACUGGCUUGACUUUAUAGUUGUAUUCUUAAGCUAUCUAUCAAUUGCUCCAAACAUCGCCAGUUUCUCUGGAAUACGAACAUUACGUGUUUUACGAGCGUUCCGAACAAUAUCAGCAUUAAAAGGGUUACGUACCAUGGUCAAUAGUCUACUAAGAUCGCUCAAGCUUCUGACUGACGUCUUGGUUUUGUUUAUGUUUUCAUUAUGUGUACUUGCUCUAAUUGGUUUGCAACUGUUUUCUGGUGAAUUAAGGAACAAAUGUGUACAAUUGCCUUUACCAAACACGUCAAUAGAAUAUGUUCGCUAUAUUAACAAUGCAAGUAACUGGUACUCUCGUGAUGACGAGCCACUUAUAUGUGGAAACUCUUCAAUUGCAGGUGGCUGCCCGGUAAACUACACGUGCUUGAGUGGUGCAGGUCCCAAUCCUGACCAUGGCUAUACCAACUUUGACAAUAUGGGCUGGGCGCUGGUUAUGGCUUUCCAGAUUCUAACCAUGGACUUUUGGGAAAACCUUUAUGACAAGUGUCUUCGUUCUAUGGGAGCUUGGUAUAUAAUGUACUUUGUUGUCGGCAUAUUUUCAUGCUCAUUCUACUUGCUUAAUCUUGUUCUGGCGGUUGUCUACAUGUCCUAUCAUCACGAGAUGCUUUCAAGUGAGGACGAGGAAGUACGGCGCAAGCAAAACAAGAAAAAAGCAAUGUCAUACUCCGCUGACCAAGAUACUUUACGACGUCUGGAGCCUUUGGAACGACACUUGUAUCCCCCGGAUUACGAGGAAGAAGAAGAAGAAAAAGAACACGACGAAGACGAAACCAAUGCACAUGAAGCUCUCAUUGGUGGCUCACAGAUAAGCAACUCAUCAUGUGAACGAAAUGGCCGACUCAAAAUCCUGCACAGUAAAAUGUCCAAGUUUGUUGAGCGUCCACUAUUUGAUGGAAUAGUUACAGCUCUGAUACUAUUGAAUACAGUGGUCCUUAGCAUGUAUUACCAUGGCAUGUCACCUGAUUUAGAGUUGGUUCUAGACAUCUUAAACGCCAUAUUUACCGGCAUUUUCCUGCUAGAAAUGAUGAUAAAAAUUCUUGUCGUCGGCUUUUGGAAGUACGUUUGUAACAAGUGGAAUCUGUUUGAUGGUAUCAUUAUCCUCGCUAGCGUUGUAGCAUACUUCCAGGGAACCUCCACUGGAAUCAGCAUGUUUAGGAUAUUAAGACUGCUUAGAGUUCUUUACCUGGGUCGGUCAUGGGAAACCAUGGCAAAGCUGAUUCAAGCCAUUGCCCAUAGCGUCGAUCCCAUCCUUAACAUCACGUGUAUUCUUGGUGUGAUUAUUUAUGUAUUUGCUGUGAUGGGAAUGCGUAUCUUUGGUCCAGCAUACACUGAAGAGAAGUUUGGAGCUGGUCAAGUACCACGCUGGAACCUCAAGGACUUUUCUCACUCAUUUAUGAUGGUCUUUAGGAUAUUGUGUAGUGAAUGGGUUGAACCACUUUGGGACUGCAUGCGAGUGACUGACGCGGCUGCGUUACUCUUCUUUUUGCCUUGUCUAAUAGUUGGCAAUUUUAUUGUUCUUAACCUCUUCGUAGCUCUUCUUCUCAACUCUUUUGCAAUAAAAGAAAAUGAAACGAUUCAAAAGGAAGAGAAACCGAAGAGAAAAAGACGAUGUCGCUUAACUGAGACCAAGAAAACCCGUAUGUACGUUGCAACAUUCAGAGAAAGAUACAAACUUUAUCAAGUUAAGGUUUUGGAAAGUAGCAGAGCAACCGAACCCGGAAUUGGAUCUCCAUUACAGGAAAGAUAUUCGGACGUGACGCCAAAGGGACAUAAAAUUGAAAAUAUCAAUCUUGAGAGCAUAUCGCAAUGUGGGUCGGACAGCUGUGCAUCAUCGAGUAAUGUAGUAGAUCGUAACAAGAAUCCCAGUCCAAAACGAUAUAUCAUAGAGAUAGACGACUGCUUUCCACAGUGUUGCAUGAUUUGCUACUGCCCUUCUGGCCAACACUUUUGCUGGCUCAAGUUCCGUUGUCGUGUGCGUUGUUUUGUUGAACAUCGUUAUUUUGAAUGGUUCAUUCUCUUCACCGUCAUGAUAAGCAGUUUUAUAUUGGUAUUCGAGGACGUUCACCUUCCAGAAAAGCCAAACCUUCAACGAGCACUAGAGAUGCUUAAUUUCAUUUUCGCAAUUAUUUUUAGUCUGGAGUUUUUUCUGAAGGUCAUUGGAUUUGGCCUGGUCAAGUACUUCUCGUCUGUUUGGAACUGUCUUGACGCUCUCAUUGUAUCGGUUUCCGUUGCAUGUCUUUUUGGAAAUCCAAAUCUUUCAGUGUUUCGCUCAUUUAGGACAAUACGAGCUCUACGACCUCUCAGAGCGAUAUCGCGAUUGGGAGGCAUGAGGGUGGUUAUUAACGCUCUUUUUGCUGCUAUUCCUGGUAUUGGGAAUGUUUUGGUCAUUUCUAUCUUAUUCUGGCUUAUGUUCAGUAUCCUUGGUGUUCAGCUAUUUGCAGGUAAAUUCUUUAGAUGCGUAGAUGAGAACAAUGAAAGGUUGCCAACAAGCGUCGCACCAAACAGGACUUCAUGUCUGAACCAAACCAACUACCGUUGGGUCAACGCGAAUGUGAACUUUGACAAUGUCUGUAACGGCUUCUUAGCGCUGCUUCAAGUGGCAACAUAUGAAGGAUGGAUGGAAGUGAUGGCUGAUGCUGUUGAUUCAACCGAGGUAGAUCAACAACCGAUGUUUGAAAACAACAUGCUGGCUUAUGUGUACUUUGUAGGGUUUAUUAUCGUAGGAUCAUUCUUUGUUCUCAAUCUUUUUGUUGGUGUCAUCAUUGAUAAUUUCAACACUCUCAAGAAAAAGUAUGAAGAGAUCAGUAGUAUGGGGAUGUUUCUCACAGAAUCACAACGAAAAUGGGUGCAGAUUUUAGUAGCUGCAUCAAGAAGAAAACCACCAUCAAAAACAAUUCGCCCUUCAGAUUGCUUCCGGGGAAAGAUAUUUGAUUUAGUGACGAGUAAUAAAUUUGAAAUUUUCAUUUUAACGGUCAUCAUGAUAAACAUGGGAUUGAUGAUGGUACAACACUACAGACAACCAGAAGAUAUCUCUAACGUCAUGAAAAUUGCCAACUUCGUUCUUGUAGGAAUCUUUCUUUUCGAGGCGAUUAUCAAACUGAUUCCAAUGAGGCAUCACUACUUCAAAAAGGCUUGGAACAUUUUUGACUUUAUAGUUGUCGUGUCUUCUGUUGUAGGUAUUGUACUGGAUGAGAUGAAUACACAGUCAGGAGUGGUCAACGCUGGUCUUCUACGUGUAAUUCGUGUAUUUAGAGUAGCAAGAUUACUCAGAGUCGUACAGUUUGCCAAACGAAUACGUCAAUUAUUGGUAGCAAUUAUCAUUUCCAUACCUGCUUUGUUCAACAUUGGAACCCUUUUGUUUCUUAUCAUGUAUAUCUAUGCCAUAAUUGGCAUGGCUUCCUUUGGUAACGUAAAAAAGCAAGGAGAGCUCGACGAUUUCGUUAACUUCCAAACCUUUGGGAAAUCCAUGAUGUUGAUAUUUCGCUUGUCAACAGGAACGGGAUGGAAUGAUAUUUUGGAUGCUCUAAUGGUACAACCACCAAACUGUGAUCCAAACUAUCAAAAUCUUCCCAACGGCAACUGUGGUUACGUUGUAGAAUCAGUCUUCUAUUUAGUGUCCUAUAUUGUGGUUGUAUUUUUAAUCAUUGUUAAUAUGUACAUUGCCGUUCUUCUGGACAAUGUCAACCGCGCCCACGAAAGCGACGAAUUCGGACUAUCGAAAGAAAAAUUUAAAAGUUACUAUCAUAAGUUUGCCAACUUUUCAUUGGGUAAGCAAUACAUUCCAGUUUAUUUGUUAUCGGAUUUCCUGUCCGACUUGGAUAAACCGUUCAGAAUACCGAAACCUAACGACGAUGAAAUAAAAACAUUGGCGAUUCCAGUACGAGAAGGAAAUGUUGUCCACUGUUUUGAUGUGCUGAAGGCUCUGGUAAAAAGAACUUUACAGGAACAUGGUGAAUCGCCCGAAGCCUUUGAACAGAUAACCGUACGUAUGGAAGCGCAGUUUAAAAAAUCAUUUAGCAAGAAAGUAUCUGUUGCUAUUAUCGGAUCGACGAUGCUUCGCUUUCACAGCACGCCAAUAAAAACAACGAAUGAAAUCAGUUGAUCAAGUGCUUGCGUGGGUCUAAGCUGUGGAGGCUUUACAUCCGACAAGUGUUACUAUGGAAAGUUGUCCAUGGAUACAAAGACAAAUGCUUAGCAAACAGUUGUCAUGGCGAUCACCAACACAAGAUGGUAACACAACGUUGAGUAUAGCUGUUGUCAUAGUGAUCGAGGAAUUCUUACAAAGUAUAGUGACAUUGAAUAAUUAUUUUAUAGUCAUUUUAUUGAAUAGUUUUGAUAAAAGGGAAAUAUCAUCAUAAAGAGUAAUAUAGCUACAAUAUAAGACCAUUCGAUGAUUCCCGCGCAACAGACCAAUGCCCUAUAUUAAUAUCUGUUUAGUAAGAGUUACACUCAGUAACAUUUAUUGACUUUUUUUAGGAUGAAAAAACUUGCUCUGUUAAACAGUACAAAAUAUAUUUUCAACUAAAUAGUAGGGACUAGUACAAUUUAGUACUACUAUACAGUAAUGUUUCAUGGUUAUAGUGAGUGUACUCUACUUCUGUUCUCGUUAGAUUUUUUGUCUGUUUUAUACAUAUAGAAAACGUUUCCAAUGCUAUACAAAAUGUUUUUAUAGAUAUAAUAAUAGUUUCGAUGCUUGAUAACUUUCUAUUUUCUGAUUAGUUCAAAAAACUAAUACUUAUCUCGGUUAUCCAUACUGAUACUCUAGUUUGAAAUGUCAUACUACUGUAGUGUCCUCUGGUAUUAUCCUGCCAUAGUUAAUAGAGAUCCUGCGAAUACUAAUGAAUAUAGAGCUAAUCCGUUCUAUAACGAGCAAUAGUAAGAUGAAAUCAUUCAAUCAAUUAGGUUUUUACAAGUCAAAUAGCCUCGAUACAUCAGGAAUUUUAGUAGCUUACUAAACAUUUUUAAACCCUAACAGUCUUGGACUGUAGUCAAGACGCACUAUGCGUCAAGUACACCUGAAUUGUCAGCAACGUCAAUAAUGAUAAUAACGGUUAUUUAAUUGAAUAAACAUGAAAAUUUUCAGUAUAUA